AUGCUUCUUGACCAACUCGUUUGCGGGGUAAGAGACCAGACACUCCAACGACGUCUACUAGCCAGGAAAGAUCUAAGUCUUUCCCAAGCGGUGGAGGAAGCCCUAGCCGCUGAGCUAUCCGUGCAGUCCGUGGCCGAGAUUCAAGGCACCGCACCAAAGCCAGGCACUUCCACCGUCCACUCAGAGGAAGUGAUGAGCGAAGCGGACCCCUCUGAAACCGCUGAUGUCCAUCGCCUAAGACAACUGAGACAGCCUCAGCUGCUGUGGGGUACCAGAGUCGUUGUCCCAUCCACCCUUCGCGUGCCCAUAUUGAAGGUGCUGCACGAGGGCCAUCCGGGUAUCGUGCGAAUGAAGGCGCUGGCUCGCAGUUACGUAUGGUGGCCCGGGAUGGACGAUCAGAUCGCAGAGUGGGUAAGCUCCUGUAAACCCUGUCAGGAAUCCAGAGCAGCCCCACCAGCAGCCUCACCCACAAAGUGGGAAAGUGCCAAUGCCCCCUGGUCACGGUUACACAUCGACCUGGCCGGUCCGGUCCAUGGCAAGACUUUCUUGGUGGUCGUGGAUUCGUAUUCUAAAUGGAUAGACGUUGCCUUGCUCCCCACGACCACCACGCAGGCAGUUGUCAAAGCCCUGACCAGACUUUUUGUGACUCAUGGGCUCCCAGACACGAUAGUCUCCGACAACGGGCCGCAGUUCUCGUCCUGCGAAUUUAGCAGGUAUUUAUCCCGCUUCCUCCUCAGCCAGCAUACAACCCCAUGCACUAGCACUAACAAAUCCCCGGCUGAACUGUUAAUGGGGAGACGUUUAAGGACCACUCUUGACAGGCUGCAUCCCCACUACUGUCCUGAUACCCCGUUGGGUUCUGACAGCCAGGUGCGAGACUUUGCCUUGCAAGACCCAGUCUUUGCAAGAAACUAUGCAGGAGAUCCAUUGUGGGUGCCAGGGCAGAUCGUAGCUAUCACUGGUCCAAGGUCCUACCGGAUCCAAUUAGAAGACGGUCGACUAUGGCGGAGACACCUCCGCAGGCGGCGGAGUGACCAGAGCAGCGGUGAGCCGGAUCCAGCAACCAACCCUCGAAUCCUCGCCCAGUUUCCAGAGGGAAAUCCCCUGAGGGGCCAGACAUUCCCACUUGAACAAAGUGAGCCGAGAACGGACCUGGACGGGAGGCCCGAAGCUCCUGCACGUCCACCCUGCGAGAGCACCGACCGUCCUGGCCGGGACGUUCUACCGAGCCAACCCGAACGAGGGGAGACUUCUCGUUCCCCGGAUCCAGUGCCAAUUCCAGAGGGCUCCACAGCAGCCUCGGAGCUGCGCUCCUUGGACUCGAUGCCAACCGGCAGUUCCCCUGAGCUACGACAUGACAAGAAACGUGAGAGGAAAUGUGAUGACAACAGUCUGACACCUCUACUGCAAAGGAACAUAAAACCAAAUUACUCUCUUAGAAAAGGCUUUACUAUUUUGUGA